GCUUAAACAACUACGGGAAUUAGACUACAGGCAGAGAGCUAUAGAACACACCAUCACAACGCAAAGAGAGAAAUCCAAGAUCUGAAGCAGAAUCGCCUCAACCAGGGUCAGGUGCUCUGUGCAAUCUUUCUUAUUGCUUUUCCGUUGGGGGUUGUCGAUAAACUCUGAGUGAAUCAAGAUGGUUGUUCUUGCGGCUUCCGUUAUAAACAAGUCUGGGAAAGUGCUUGUUUCGAGGCAGUUUAUGGAUAUGUCUCGUAUAAGGAUUGAGGGUCUUCUUGCGGCUUUCCCUAAGUUGGUAGGCACUGGAAAACAACAUACAUAUGUCGAGACGGAAAAUGUGCGCUAUGUUUACCAGCCAAUAGAAGCUUUGUAUUUGCUUCUAGUUACAAACAAGCAGAGCAAUAUCUUAGAAGAUUUGGAGACUUUGAGGCUGCUCUCUAAGCUUGUACCUGAAUAUGCAUUGUCCCUAGAUGAAGAGGGUAUAUGCAGGACAGCUUUCGAGUUGAUUUUUGCUUUUGAUGAAGUAAUCUCUCUUGGGCACAAGGAGAAUGUGACUGUUGCACAGGUGAAGCAGUACUGUGAGAUGGAGAGUCAUGAAGAGAAGCUUCACAAGCUCGUAAUGCAGAGCAAGAUAAAUGAGACCAAGGAUGUUAUGAAGCGUAAAGCCAGUGAGAUUGACAAAAGCAAGAUUGAUAGGAGCAGAGGUGAAAAGGGAGGAUUUGGGCCUUUGCAGUCAAUGGGUUCUGGAAGAAUUGAGAGUGCCUUUAGUGAGAUGAGCUUAUCCAGCACUGGAAGUGGUUUUGGAAGUGGUUCUGGUUUGGGAGCGACCGCUGAUUUUGAAACAUUUUCUUCGAAGGCCAAAGGCCGUCCACCUUCAUCUGCCACAGCUCCGCCAAAGGGUUUAGGCAUGCAGCUUGGAAAAUCACAAAGGACCAACCAAUUUUUAGAGUCCUUAAAAGCGGAGGGAGAGGUGAUUCUUGAAGAUGUACAGCCAAAAGCAGGCCAGUCAAAGUCGGUUGCCCCACCUUUAACUGAUCCCGUCACUUUGAAUGUCGAAGAGAAACUUAAUGUAACACUUAAACGUGAUGGUGGAGUCAGUAACUUUGAUGUUCAAGGAACAUUAUCCCUGCAAAUUCUUAACCAAGAAGACGGGCAUAUCCAAGUCCAGAUUGAAACCGGUGGAAAUCCUGGCAUCCUUUUUAAAACUCAUCCUAACAUGAACAAAGAACUAUUUUCUAAUGAAAAUAUUCUAGGCUUGAAAGAUCCUAAUAGGCCUUUCCCCACUGGUCAAGCUGGUGAUGCAGCAGGUGUUGGUCUUUUGAAAUGGAGAAUGCAGAGUCAAGAUGAAUCAUUGGUGCCUCUACAAAUCAACUGUUGGCCCUCUGUUUCUGGAAAUGAAACCUAUGUCAACAUUGAGUAUGAUGCUUCAUCAAUGUUCGAUCUGCGAAAUGUUGUCAUUUCAGUACCUCUUCCAGCUCUCAGAGAGGCUCCAGUUGUGAAGGAGAUUCAUGGUGAAUGGAGAUAUGAUGCAAGGAAUUCAGUAUUGGAGUGGUCUAUACUUCUUAUUGAUAACUCAAACCGCAGUGGAUCAAUGGAGUUUGUUGUUCCUCCAGCAGACUCGAAUGUAUUCUUUCCCAUUUCUGUGCGCUUCUCUGCCACUAGUACAUUCAGUGACCUGAAGGUUGUGAAUAUCUUACCUCUGAAAGGUGGAGCCCCUCCCAAGUUCGCUCAGAGAACACAGUUGCUCACAGAGAACUACCAGGUGGUGUAACUGGUCUGCAGUGUCUGUUUGUCAGUUUCUGCAACUUUUUGGAUGUGGAUUGGAUUCUAAAACAGCAAUUUAUUUGUUAGUAUGUCUUUCUUAUACUCAAUUUGAGAUCAAGGAUGCCGGGGUUUUAUUAAAUUGAACGUAAUUGUUCCGAGGAUGCUUAUACAAUCUACAGUAUUUCAUAGUGUAUCCGCACCGACUUCUUUGUACUAUAUCAGGAUUAUCAGCAUGACAUUAUAUUCUUUUCCUUUUGCUCUACUAAUAAUAUUUGGCCUAGUGCUUUUUGACGAA